CUCCCCGCCCAGAGGCGCCCCGGGGGCACCAUGCAGGCGCAGCAGCUGCCGUACGAGUUUUUCAGCGAGGAGAACGCGCCCAAGUGGCGGGGGCUGCUGGUGCCCGCGCUGAAAAAGGUUCAAGGGCAAGUUCAUCCUACACUUGAAUCUAAUGAUGAUGCUCUUCAGUAUGUUGAAGAAUUAAUCUUGCAAUUAUUAAAUAUGCUAUGCCAAGCUCAGCCCCGAAGUGCUGCUGAUGUAGAGGAACGUGUUCAAAAAAGUUUCCCUCAUCCAAUUGAUAAAUGGGCAAUAGCUGAUGCCCAGUCAGCUAUUGAGAAGAAGAAGCGAAGAAACCCUUUAUCUCUCCCAGUAGAAAAAAUUCAUCCUUUAUUAAAGGAGGUCCUAGGUUAUAAAAUUGACCACCAGGUUUCUGUUUACAUAGUAGCAGUAUUAGAAUACAUUUCUGCAGACAUUUUAAAGCUGGUGGGGAAUUACGUACGAAAUAUCCGGCAUUAUGAAAUUACAGAACAAGAUAUUAAGGUGGCAAUGUGUGCCGAUAAGGUAUUGAUGGAUAUGUUUCAUCAAGAUGUAGAAGAUAUAAAUAUAUUAUCUUUAACUGAUGAAGAGCCUUCCACCUCAGGAGAGCAAACUUACUAUGACUUAGUAAAAGCAUUUAUGGCAGAAAUUCGACAAUAUAUAAGGGAACUAAAUCUAAUUAUAAAAGUUUUUAGAGAGCCCUUUGUCUCCAAUUCAAAAUUGUUUUCAGCUAAUGAUGUAGAAAAUAUAUUUAGUCGUAUAGUAGACAUACAUGAACUUAGUAUAAAGUUACUGGGCCAUAUAGAAGAUACUGUAGAAAUGACAGAUGAAGGCAGUCCUCAUCCAUUAGUAGGAAGCUGUUUUGAAGACUUAGCAGAGGAACUGGCAUUUGACCCAUAUGAAUCAUAUGCUCGAGAUAUUUUACGACCUGGUUUCCAUGAUCGUUUCCUUAGUCAGUUAUCAAAGCCUGGGGCGGCACUCUAUUUGCAGUCAAUAGGUGAAGGUUUCAAGGAAGCUGUUCAAUAUGUUUUACCCAGGCUACUUCUAGCCCCUGUUUACCACUGUCUACAUUACUUUGAGCUUUUGAAGCAGUUAGAAGAAAAGAGUGAAGAUCAAGAAGACAAGGAGUGUUUGAAACAAGCAAUAACAGCGUUGCUUAAUGUUCAGAGUGGUAUGGAAAAAAUAUGUUCUAAAAGUCUUGCAAAACGAAGACUGAGUGAAUCUGCAUGUCGGUUUUAUAGUCAGCAAAUGAAGGGGAAACAACUAGCAAUCAAGAAAAUGAACGAGAUUCAGAAGAAUAUUGAUGGUUGGGAGGGAAAAGACAUUGGACAGUGUUGCAAUGAGUUUAUAAUGGAAGGAACUCUUACACGUGUAGGCGCCAAACAUGAAAGACACAUAUUUCUCUUUGAUGGCUUAAUGAUUUGCUGUAAAUCAAAUCACGGGCAGCCAAGACUUCCUGGUGCUAGCAAUGCAGAAUAUCGUCUUAAAGAAAAGUUUUUUAUGAGAAAGGUACAAAUUAAUGACAAAGAUGACACCAAUGAGUACAAGCAUGCUUUUGAAAUAAUUUUAAAAGAUGAAAAUAGUGUUAUUUUUUCUGCCAAGUCAGCUGAAGAGAAAAACAAUUGGAUGGCAGCACUGAUAUCUUUACAGUACCGGAGUACACUGGAAAGGAUGCUUGAUGUAACAAUGCUACAGGAAGAGAAGGAGGAGCAGAUGAGGCUCCCUAGUGCUGAUGUUUAUAGAUUUGCAGAGCCUGACUCUGAAGAGAAUAUAAUAUUUGAAGAAAACAUGCAGCCCAAGGCUGGAAUUCCAAUUAUCAAAGCAGGAACUGUUAUUAAACUUAUAGAAAGGCUUACAUACCAUAUGUAUGCAGAUCCCAAUUUUGUUCGGACAUUUCUUACAACGUACAGAUCCUUUUGUAAACCUCAAGAACUACUGAGUCUUAUAAUAGAAAGGUUUGAAAUUCCAGAACCUGAGCCAACAGAAGCUGAUCGCAUAGCUAUAGAAAAUGGAGAUCAACCCUUGAGUGCAGAACUAAAAAGAUUUAGAAAAGAAUAUAUACAACCUGUACAACUGCGAGUAUUAAAUGUUUGUCGGCAUUGGGUAGAGCACCACUUCUAUGAUUUUGAAAGAGAUGCAGAUCUUUUACAACGAAUGGAGGAAUUUAUUGGAACAGUAAGAGGUAAAGCAAUGAAAAAAUGGGUUGAAUCCAUCACUAAGAUAAUCCAAAGGAAAAAAAUUGCAAGAGACAAUGGACCAGGUCAUAAUAUUACAUUUCAGAGUCCACCACCCACAGUUGAGUGGCAUAUAAGCAGACCUGGGCAUAUAGAGACUUUUGACCUGCUCACGUUACACCCAAUAGAAAUUGCUCGACAACUCACUUUACUUGAAUCGGAUCUAUACCGAGCUGUACAGCCAUCAGAAUUAGUUGGAAGUGUGUGGACAAAAGAAGACAAAGAAAUUAAUUCUCCUAAUCUUCUGAAAAUGAUCCGGCAUACCACUAAUCUCACUCUGUGGUUUGAGAAAUGUAUUGUAGAAACUGAAAACUUAGAAGAAAGAGUAGCUGUGGUGAGUCGAAUAAUUGAGAUUCUACAAGUCUUUCAGGAGCUGAACAACUUCAAUGGUGUCCUUGAGGUUGUCAGUGCUAUGAACUCAUCACCUGUGUACAGGCUAGACCACACAUUUGAGCAAAUACCAAGUCGACAAAAGAAAAUUUUAGAAGAAGCUCAUGAAUUGAGUGAAGAUCACUAUAAGAAAUAUUUGGCAAAACUCAGGUCUAUCAAUCCACCAUGUGUGCCUUUCUUUGGAAUUUAUUUAACUAAUAUAUUAAAAACAGAAGAAGGCAACCCUGAGGUCCUAAAAAGGCAUGGGAAAGAACUUAUAAACUUUAGCAAGAGGAGGAAAGUAGCAGAAAUAACAGGAGAGAUCCAGCAGUACCAAAAUCAGCCUUACUGUUUACGAGUAGAAUCAGAUAUCAAAAGGUUCUUUGAAAACUUAAAUCCAAUGGGAAAUAGCAUGGAAAAAGAAUUUACAGAUUAUCUUUUCAACAAAUCCCUAGAAAUAGAACCACGAAACCCUAAGCCUCUCCCAAGAUUUCCAAAAAAAUAUAGCUAUCCCCUAAAAUCUCCUGGUGUUCGUCCAUCAAACCCAAGACCAGGUACCAUGAGACAUCCCACACCUCUGCAACAGGAGCCAAGGAAAAUUAGUUAUAGUAGGAUCCCUGAAAGUGAAACAGAAAGUACAGCAUCUGCACCAAAUUCUCCAAGAACACCGUUAACACCUCCUCCUGCUUCUGGUGCCUCCAGUACCACAGAUGUUUGCAGCGUAUUUGAUUCUGAUCAUUCGAGCCCUUUUCACUCAAGCAGCGAUACCGUCUUUAUCCAAGUUACACUACCCCAUGGCCCAAGAUCUGCUUCAGUAUCAUCUAUAAGUUUAACCAGGGGCACUGAUGAAGUGCCUGUCCCCCCUCCUGUUCCUCCACGAAGAAGACCAGAAUCUGCCCCAGCAGAAUCUUCCCCUUCUAAGAUUAUGUCUAAGCAUUUGGACAGCCCCCCAGCAAUUCCUCCUAGGCAACCCACAUCAAAAGUCUAUUCACCACGAUAUUCAAUAUCAGACCGGACCUCUCUAUCAGACCCUCCUGAAAGCCCUCCCAUAUUACCACCACGAGAACCUGUGAGGACACCUGAUGUUUUCUCAAGCUCACCACUACAUCUCCAACCUCCCCCUUUGGGCAAAAAAAGUGACCAUGGCAAUGCCUUCUUCCCAAACAGCCCUUCCCCCUUUACACCACCUCCUCCUCAAACACCUUCUCCUCAUGGCACGAGAAGGCAUCUGCCGUCACCGCCACUGACACAAGAAGUGGACCUUCAUCCCAUUGCUGGGCCGCCAGUUCCUCCACGACAGAGCACUUCUCAGCAUAUCCCUAAACUCCCUCCAAAAACUUACAAAAGGGAGCACACACACCCAGCCAUGCACAGAGACGCACCACCACUGCUGGAGAAUGCCCAUUCUUCCUGAGUUCCUCUGACUGGGAUGUACAUUUUCCUAGCUCCAGAUCCAUUGCUGGCAAUGGAUGCACUGAACGUGCCAGCACUGAGGAGUUACAAUGGGAACUCCAAACACUAACGACUCUACUUCAAGAUGCAGUAUAAGACAAUGAAUUUUAACCUAGACAUAAUUAUAAAAUGAAAAUGGUUUUCCAAUUUAGAAUAUAGAAAGACUGAUCUAGAGGAACUGGACAACUGAUUACAGCUUAAAAUCAAGUAAAGGGACUUUUUCCGGCCAAUAGGCAGGAGUCCUCUUCUUGUGAAGUGAUCUUUAUCAUCAAAGGGAUGGGAAACACAAUCUAGUGUCCAGCAGCCCACAUGAUGACAGUUUUUGUAAUUCAAAAUAUUAUGCACUUUUAAAAAAAUCUUAAACAGGGAUCUUAUCCUCCUUUGUUUCCUUUGCUUUAAUCUUUCUGUUUUAGAAUAUUUUCUUAAAAAUCACUUAAAGGACUGUGAGGAAAGGCUGUGGUACCUGACCUUGUUGGAAUCAAGGCCCAGCACUGUACUACAGUCCUGUUUACAGAUUAUUACAGUGAAUCGAAUGGGUACCGAGGCUUCACCAAAGAGGUACUUUUUUUUUUUUUUUAAAGAAUAAUUAUACCAAUUUUAAGACCAUUCCCUAAUCCUUCCCCCCAUACACACACACACACACACACACACACACACACAAAAUGUGGUGGUGUUGCCUUCAGACAAGAGAAGUUUUGUGUCAUUAACAUGACAGAAGAACUUUUUUAAAAAUGUAACUGUCAAGUAUACAAUUUACAUUUAGGAGACUGUUAAUCUAUUCUAGAUCGUCAUUUUCCCCCCUUCUCCCACAAAGGUUUACUGGUAAUCCGUGUCAUGGCUCAUAGCUGUCCCUCCAACCAUACCAUGGAAAUGCAACCACCCAAUGUGAAAAGGAGCACUUGCUGGGCAUCACUGACACCGGUCAUGUUUUACUAAUAGUUGGGAAUCAGCAUAUCUAGAAUUACCUUGCAUUGCCUAAAUCAUGUGUAUAUAGUGAAUGUUACAUAAUAUACCUGGCAGGUCUGUUUUAAUUUAAUUGAAUAAAGAUACAAAUACUUUGGCUGGCUGCAUAUAUUAAAUUAUUAUAUGGAGAAAAUGGUUGAUUCUUAUUUCUUUCAGUUGAAACACAGACACUAAGAGUAAAAGCUUGUAUUGUGGUACGCCUUGGUUUCUAGUUCUGGAUGUAUGUAUUAAUAUUAAAGAAUGAUCUAAAGUUGCAAUUUAGUAUGUAGGAAAAUGCUUGGCUAGAAAAGGAUGGGUAUCUUUUAAGUAGAACCUUGCGAGUUUUUUAGUUUCCUAGGCAACACAUAUACUGUUUGUUAAAGUUUAUCUUGCUUGAGGUCUGCUCUAUCAGAACUAUUCAUAAUAGAACAUCUAUCUACAUCAUUAAUAUCAUAAUAUGGAUUAUUCAUUAAGUCUGUGUACUACUCUUCUGAGUCUAACAAAUACUGUGACUGAAAUGCAUGCAACUUGUUGAAGAAAAAAAGUUGUAUUAAUCUCCGCUGUAAUGUCUGUGAAAUGUGCAGUAUUCCAUCCUUAGAGAGUAAUCAGUUCAUCAGUAUCUGCAUGUGUCCUCUGAAUAAUGAAACAUUUCAGCAAGUCAGUUAACCCAUGCCAGUAGACAUUUUUAGAAGUGCUGCAUCAUGGUGGAAACCUAGUACUUUAAUAAUUUCCUGUGAUAUUUAUUAGAGCAUUAUAACGUACAUUGCAGUAGUACACUAUAUAGUCUUUUAAAGACCAGAAAGUAUGUUGAUUGCGUCAUCAUUAAGCUGCCCAUCCUAUGAUAUCCUUUCUUAUUUAUUUGUUAGAGUUGAAUCUUUUUUGUUUAAUAUCUGUGCCAUUCCUAUGCUGGUAACCAUUCUUCCCUUUGUAAAAUGUCUCCUCUUUUAAAAGUCUUUAAAAAAAUAAUUUCAAAUCCUGUCUUGGAUACAGAAUGUCCAUAAGACCAUUCACUCAACAAAUUUUUAUCUAAGCCUACUUACUAGUGCUGCUACAAUUAACCAUAACACACAUUCCAGAUCUCCCAUGACUUUUUUAAAAUUAGGCCAGCCUCAAUGUCCCUAAGAUUUCCCUUUAUAUUGCUUAUUGAUCACUUCUGUUUCUAAUUAUCCCCACCAACACUCCAAAUAAGAACCUGAGAAAGUUGGAGCCCAGCCAGUGUGUUAGCCUUCAAAAAGGUCAAGCCCUCUUUUCAACCUGCCUGAUCCUCUAAAGAGGAAAAACUCAGAUUUGGAGUUGUAAUCAUACUUCUCCCACAGGGAACCAUUCUUCCACCCUGUGGUUCUAGGAGACCACCUCACUGUGCAUCAGUCUUAUAUGCAUUGUGGAUAGGGGAUGUUUUUAUUCUGAAGUGUGUCAUUUAGGUAAAAAUAUUUUCUGCAGUGGUAACUGAUUAGAAAAAUUAUAUUUGGACACAAUUAGAUGGAGGUGAAAAAAAACUACCUUUGCCUUCUCAUGUGAAACAUUAACAAGCGGACAGAUUUAUCUUUUCUCAGAACUAAAAUAUACUUCAUCAGGGAUAAGAAGUGGCUGGAAGGUAAAUGCAUCAGUAUAAAAUUCUGCUUUUGAACCCAGGACAUUACAAGACAGUCAGUGCAGCCUGAUUGUUUUUUUUUAAACCACAUUCCAAAAUGUGGAACAUUUUCUUUUAGAAAUGGAAAUAUUCUUAAAGGUUUAAUUGUCUUUGGAUCAUAACAUGAAGAAAGUAUUUCAAGGCUGAAUUUACUUAGUGCACUGAUAAACAAUAAAAUAGAGGGAGGCUUUUCACAUCUCAGCACUUUUUAAAUAAGAAGUAUAUCUGUGUUUCUAAAUUUAUUAAAAGACUGAGGCUCUUUACUCUUCCAGUCCUCCAAAUGUAUUUUAAAACUACAGAUUAUCAGGAAAUAUAAAAGCAUUCAAAGUUUGCUUAAUUAAAUGUUGAUGACCAUCAGAUAAUGUGUUCAAUAGGUUACUAUGCUAUAAUAACUAAAGGGUGUUUUACUGGAUCUAAAUUUAGCAAAAAGCAUGAUGCUACCCUAAUUAUACUACAGUCAUCAGAACAGCCUAGUGAACAAGUACUAUUUUAGUUGGAGGCCAUAUUAUGGUUCUAAAUUCUUCCUUAAUGGUUUUUUUUUUUUUUCCCAUAAAACAAAAAUCACCUUGUACAAACCAAAAAUUAGUUGGUAUUUAUGACCAUGAUCUUGAUCUUGCCUUAAUUCUCAAGUUUAGCUUAUUUUAUUCGUGUAUUUCAUUGUUUGUCUUUUAAUAUGACAGCUUAAAUUCAGAUUUUUAAGUGGCUCAGCAAAGUAAAUCAUGGAAAUGGGAGAGAGAAUGUCCCAAUUUAUUAGGGUUGUACAUAUUGAGGAAAACCCUUUUUUUCCCCCUCCACAUUUCAAAAUAAAAAAAAAAAAUUGUACCAUUUAUUUCUUGGUAUUCUGCUGUGGAUAGGUUUACUUAUUUUUUAAACAUAUGUUGUGUGACCUUUGUACAAGUAUAGGACCUGUUGUAUUGCAAAUCAGUCUUUACCAGUAAAAUAAACAUCACAAGGCUACUAUUGGUUUGGCUGAAAGAGAAUUAUGCAGUAAAAUUAUAAGGGAAAGUGAUGACUUUAUUCAAUAUUUUUCUCUUUUGAAACAUCUCAUUACUUUUAAAAUCAUUUCAUAAUCCCUUAUACAUAAGUCAAUGAAAUAUUUUGAGCUCUAGUGAAGAAGCACGAAGUCUAUAAGAAACCUAAACAACAAAAGCACUUGUAACUUGUUUUGUAAAUUUCAUGCCUUAUUUUCCAUUUCUGACACCGUAAAGUGCAUUUUCUGUCGACUGUGAGCAAACUUCCCUUUUGCCUUUAAUGAAAAUAGUGCAUUAAGUAGCCAAUUGCUGCAAAAUUAAAAAGCAAGUUAGCUAAAGGUGGAUCACGUUUGACCAUCAUGCAAAGAAGCAAGAAGCAUAAUAGGCAGAGUCACAUGUGAUGUGGCUGUAGGGAGAGCGCACCUGUGCCAGAUGCAUGCCACUUUCCGUAGCUGCCAAAUGUGCCUUUAAUUAGAACAUCUCUAAUUUUUUUUUUUUUCCAGAUCAAGUCAGCAUUUGGGGGUGGGAUCAGGGUAGGGGACUUUGGGGUGCAAAUAUCUGGUUGAACCGACCAGAGAAGAAGCCUUUGUUUGUCAAAGUGACAUGUAUAAUUUUAGUUGAGAUGUGUUUGUGUAUAUAUAUAUAUAUGUAUUAGCACAGUUAUUUGCUAAAAUAAUUGUCAAAAAAAAUUGCGCCAUCAGUCUUACUUUGAUGUAAGAACAAUGUGUGGUCUAUACAUCUGACGUGGCCUUUGUACCUAACCAUGUUCGUAGGUAAUCUUUGUACUCUGUGCAGCAGUGUUUGGUUUGCAUUUAAAGUGAAAAUAAUGGCUGUUAUUUUUCUGGCAUUACUAAGAUAAAUUGAAAAAAUAAUAAAAGAAAAAUGCCUUA